GGUCCAGAAACGGUCACUCAAUAACAGCACGCAGAAAAUAAAACAAAUUUCACAAGUUUUAUUAAGUAAAUUUUAAAAUAAACUAGAACAUGUCUCUGGCAGACGAGCUACUUGCUGACCUCGAGGAGGACAAUGAUAAUGAGUUGGAGGAGGAAGAUGCGGAGAUGGCAAGUGCCGAGGAUGAAAGCUUUCUGGCGGAAAAGUUAGCGAAACCGGCUCCCAAUUUGAUGGACGUGGAUGUCACUGUGCAAUCAGUGCGUGAACUAUGUAAGCUUCGCGAUUCGGAGCGCUUGAAGAAUACACUAGAACAGAUCGAGCACUAUGCCAGUCGCCAGAGAACCGCAGCCGAAAUGCUGGGUUCCGUGGAAUCCGAUCCCGAGUACUGUCUCAUCGUGGACGCGAAUGCCAUAGCUGUGGACAUCGACAACGAGAUCUCCAUUGUGCAUAAGUUCACAAAAGAAAAGUACCAAAAGCGAUUUCCCGAACUGGAUUCUCUGAUCGUAGGCGAGAUUGAGUAUCUGCUGGCGGUCAAGGAGCUUGGAAAUGAUCUGGACCAGGUCAAAAACAAUGAGAAGUUGCAGGCCAUCCUCACACAGGCCACUAUUAUGAUAGUGUCCGUCACGGCCUCAACAACUCAGGGCACUAUGUUAACGCCAGCGGAGAAGGCCAAGAUUGACGAGGCCUGUGAGAUGGCCAUUGAACUGAAUAACUUCAAGUCCAAGAUUUAUGAAUACGUGGAAAGCCGUAUGACGUUCAUAGCUCCCAAUCUGUCCAUGAUUGUGGGAGCGUCCACAGCUGCAAAACUAUUGGGAAUUGCGGGUGGUCUUUCUAAAUUAUCUAAAAUGCCUGCUUGCAAUGUUCAGGUUUUGGGAUCACAGAAGAAAACGCUCUCAGGUUUCUCACAAACUCAGAUGCUGCCACAUACUGGGUACGUCUACUACUCACAGAUUGUCCAGGAUACUGCUCCAGAUCUGCGACGCAAGGCAGCUCGAUUGGUGGCAGCCAAAUCAGUGCUGGCUGCUCGUGUUGACGCCUGCCAUGAAAGUGUUCAUGGGGAGAUUGGCCUUCGCUUUAAGGAGGAUGUGGAGAAGAAGCUGGACAAGCUGCAGGAGCCACCACCGGUGAAGUUUAUCAAACCGCUGCCCAAACCCAUCGAGGGAAGCAAGAAGAAGCGAGGAGGUAAACGUGUGCGCAAGAUGAAAGAGCGGUAUGCGCUCACCGAGUUCCGCAAACAGGCAAACCGCAUGAAUUUUGGAGAUAUCGAAGAGGAUGCCUACCAAGGAGAUUUGGGUUACUCCCGCGGCACCAUCGGCAAGACUGGCACCGGGCGCAUCCGAUUGCCCCAGGUGGAUGAGAAGACCAAGGUGCGCAUCAGCAAGACGCUGCACAAGAAUUUACAGAAGCAGCAGGUGUACGGCGGAAACACCACAGUCAAGCGGCAAAUCUCUGGAACAGCGUCCAGUGUGGCCUUUACGCCGCUGCAGGGUCUGGAGAUUGUGAAUCCCCAGGCGGCGGAACGUUCCCAGACAGAAGCCAAUGCCAAAUACUUUUCCAACACCUCUGGAUUCUUGUCUGUCGGACAGCGGACCACUUAAAGGAUUAGCUUUUCCAUUUUCUAUAAAAUUAAGCACUUUUAUUUGGAGAUUUGUCGAAUGUAUAAUGAGUUAGGUGUAGUAAAGGAGCAUGAAAGCUGCACAAGAGA